AUGGUGCGAGAGCUGUUAAUUAUGGGUCAUACCCAGAACCUUCGCGAUGUUGAGUCCAACAAUGAGAAUAAGUACUCGAACUGGCGCGAUUGGACUCUUCUUCUUCUAUGGGGUGUUAUUGGCUAUGCAUGCAUCAUUUUGACGGUGUUAGCCUACUUCAACCCUGGACUUAUACUCUUUGAUAUCUCUUCAUUACUGUUUCGCAAGGAGAUUUCUCCGUUCUUCGCAUUCUCGCACGGAACGGGUCGUUACUCCAAGCCACAGGGCUUCAAGAUAGUCGCUCUAGUUCCGUUUCAUUACCAUGAGCGUACAGCAAUCUUGGACUGCUAUUUGCAGAAAAACUUGUUCCAUAAUAGUGGAUUUCUGGAUCAAGUUGUCUUUGUGCCGCAGACCGAUGACGCUGCCAGCAUGGAAUGGCUGUACUCUAUUGUGAAUCAAACACCCGAGUAUGCUAUUUCUUCUCGGGGACAUGAGAUGGAAUGGAAACUUGCAAAUGAUAAUGUGAUGUACAUCCGAAUCGAUGGCGAUAUCCUGUUCCUGGAGGAUAACGCCAUUCCAAGCAUCGUCAAGACAAAACUCGACAAUCCAAGCGCGCUGAUGGUAUCGGCGAAUGUGAUAAAUGAGGCAGCCCUUGCAUCUCUUCACAGUCACCCGGGAACUGCACUCCCAUAUCUGCCUGAACUGUACGACGUGAAACAACCAUCCCGAUCAAAGUCGCAACUGGAGCACGACUGGCGCGCUUCCAGUCUUCCACACUGGCAGGGCCCGCCGAGCUUCACCGUACACAAAGACUUUGAGCCGCCCUUUGAAGGGCAUCGCUGGCUACUUCCUAGAGAUGCGGGCUCUGGUCAAGAUCCUAUCGCGAGAUCCGUAUAUACCGAGAACGGUCCGACAUUGCAUGAUUGGACUGUUGAAGACAACGAUUUGGGCCGUUACAAGUUCCCGAUAUGGGUCGACCCGACUGAGCCCAUCAGCGAUAACUUUGGGUGCUUCUGGGGUGAUGAUGCAAUGGAUUUGCACCGUAUCUUCCGCAGCGACAACCAAAACCGAUCCGUCCACAAUUGGCAUAUGUCAGAUGGCUCCCGUCCGCAUGUCAUUAUAGAUGGCAAGGGCCUUGUUUCACAUUAUUCUGCUCGCCAAGGUGCGGCUGGUCUGGACGCCACGGACCUCAUAACUCGUUACCGGGCAUAUGCGCAGGAGAAAGUGUGUUUGCAGACUGAGUGA